UCAAACUGUGGACUUUCCUGUGGAUGUCAAAAAAGAAAGGAAAGAGGGAAGUCAUCAGAGUGAACGAUACCACCGGAAGUAAGCAGGGACUGAAAGACGGAAUCGUUUCCAGCCGCUGCACAGUCACAGCCAGGGGACCAGCAUGUCCUCUGCCUCAGAGAUCCUGGUGGAUUUCCAGGAUGACCUUGUGGCGGACGAUGCCCCCAGCAAUGCCUUAGACCACCUCAAGCUCUCGCCAAUGGAGGACCGACAGUGGCCUGCCGACAACCUGGCCAGCAUUGGCAAAUCCGAGACGGAUAUCAAACAGCUUGGCCAGGGCUCUCACCUGGCCUGGGACGACCCUUAUUAUGACAUCGCUCGGCACCAAAUCGUAGAGGUGGCUGGCGAUGACAACUUUGGCAGGAAGGUGAUCGUCUUCAACGCCUGCAGGAUGCCACCACACCAUCAGCUGGACCACCAGAAACUGCUGAUGUACCUGAAGCACACCCUGGACCAGUAUGUGGAGAGCGACUACACACUGAUCUACUUCCACCACGGCCUGACGGGGGAGAACAAGCCCUCCCUCAGCUGGCUCAGGGACGCCUACCGGGAGUUCGACAGGAAGUACAAGAAGAACAUCAAAGCUCUGGUCAUAGUGCACCCCACCAUGUUCAUCAGAACUCUCCUCAUCUUAUUUAAGCCCUUAAUUAGCUUCAAGUUUGGCCGCAAAAUAAGUUACAUCAACUACCUGAGCGAGUUGGAUGAGCUUGUGAAGUGUGAACAGCUUGUCAUACCAUCCCGAGUGAGAGAAUAUGAUGACAAGAUCCGCCAGAAUCUGAAGCCCUCCGCACAGGUUCUCAAAUCCCCACCACGCAGCCCCCCUACGCCCUACCAGCAGUUCGGAGUGGCCCUCUCAGUGCUCAAACUGAGGUCAGCAGACCCUGAGGGCAUUCCUGUGGUGAUGCGAGAUACCAUUGAAUUCCUAAGGACACAAGGUCUUGAAAUGGAGGGAAUUUUCCGGAGGUCUGCCAACGUUACCUUGGUCAAGACUGUUCAAGAGAAGUACAACUCUGGGGAGGAGGUAAACUUUGGUGAGAUGGAGGAUGUGCACUUGGCUGCGGUCAUCCUGAAGACAUUCCUGAGGGAGCUUCCGGAACCUCUCCUCACGUACCAGCUGUACAAUGACAUCAUCAACUUCCAAAAUGUUGACAAAGAUGCUCAAGUGGUGACCAUCCAGAAUUUGUUGGCAAUGCUCCCACAAGAGAACUACGCCUCCUUGAAAUACCUCAUCCUCUUCCUGGCUGAAGUGUCAGCCCAAAGCGAGAUCAACAAGAUGAACAAUUCUAACCUGGCCGUGGUGUUUGGGCCCAACCUGCUGUGGGGCCAAGAUGCUGCCAUGACCCUCAGUGCCAUCGGGCCCAUCAACAACUUCACACGGAGCCUGCUGGACAACCAACAAGAGGUCUUCUCUGCUUAGAACUUAGAAAAAACCCUCCCUGUUUCCCUCCCUCCCUUCCUCCCCACCCCUCCACAACCCUCUCCUCGUCUUCUCGCCCUGUCUACCCAUUGAUAUGCUCUUCCUCUAGUUAGAUCCAUCUUGGUGUAGCUUUGGUGUGACCUGUUCCCCACUCCCGUCCCCCAGCCCUCAUACUCAGUGUUGCCAAAAGUGUGAGUGUUGCGAGAGGCAAGGAGGACACACAGAAUAUGAAAAAAGCGAUGAGGUGGGGUUCUCUUGUCUUACCAGAGGAGAAGAUGCAGGGAAUUGACAACCUUGAUCUGGACCAACUUGGCAAAAAAAAAAAUGUUUUUUUUUUGUACAAAAUAUGAAAGGUCAAUUUUUGGUACUGUAAAAGAAACAAAUCACAUGUUGGACAAUCAGUCUUUCUCCUUUCCCACUGAUCUCUGAUCUGCCUCAGCAUGUCCAGUACUGGCGUGAUAAGACCGUAUCAUUCUGAAGGUACAGAGCAUUAAGAGUAGCAUGGUGGAGUGGAAUAUUUUGGGAUGUGAAAUUCAGCAUAUUGUUUCAUGUUGGGAUGACUUUCAUAGGGCUUUUUCCUUCCAUUCAGGUAUGAAACCACAGUUAUGGAUCUUCUGAAGAGACUGAAGUGUUAGUCAGGGAUGUCUUUUUUUUCUCUAUCUUUCUCGUCCUAUUUUUUAAAAAAAAGACAGGUGGUUGUUUCACGUAGUUAAGGCGUUUGCAUACACUUAUGCAAACAUGGAAGCACUAAAAUGUAAAAGCUUGAAUGGUUUUAAACUUGUGAGUAUAUUUUAUAAUACUGGUGUAUACAAUGUGUAUUUGCUUUGAUACUUUUUUCCUUUUUAUUGGCUGUGCACCAUACAGAAUCACUGGGGGUUUACAGAUGUUGUAAGGGCAUGUUAUUAGAACAACACCUGAUCACCCUCCUAAUGCAUUUUCUUUGUCGUUUUUUUUUAAACUAAUCAUUCUCCAACAAAUCCAUUUAAUGACUGCUAUUUUACGCUUCUACUGUGUUAUUUAACCAUAUUUAACAUAAUUGCUUUUGACGUACCAUCUGUUCUGUAAUCACAGGGGACCAUUUUAUAUGUUUAUGAGUUGACAUUGAUCAGGAAAGCAUAUGCUGAUGUAAGAUGAUCCGCAAGGAGCAUCCACUAGUAGCAUCAUAGAGUGUUAGCGCUGACGAGGAUAUUUCAGCUAGCUGGUUUACUUAACUCACCCAACAACACUUAAUAAUAACUGUCAAAGCCUCCAAAUCCAAGAGUCCUUAUGGAGACUUCCAGCAGACCACAACAAGCUCAAAUUAAACUCGCCUUUACUUUCAUUUAUUUAUAUUUCAGGUUGCUGCAAUUAAAGCCAUGCAAAUUAGGAUGAUGCUGAAAUUUCAAGAACACAUAGCCCACAUUCGGGUGGUGUUUGAAUACAAAGUUAAACUUCUUACAUCAUUAAUAUUCCUACAUUUCAAUCCUAUGUUUCUUGUAACAGUAAGAGUCAUAUCACUGCAUUACUGAAAUGCUACUGCCUCACUAAGGCGUUUGGACCAAAGGGGCUUUUGGCGGAAUUGCAGCUAUCUAUACGUACACAAAAUUAUGAAUGCAAAAGCAUAUCCGUUGGUUACUAAGCAAUGGUAUAUACCCCCGGGGUGUCCCACAGACAGCCCUCUCAUUUCACAGCAGAUGAGACCCCACUGCUUUCCAAUCUAGAUUAGUAAUCCAUGCAAGAAGAGCAGGAAUAGCUGGCAGAGUACAGCAAAAGAUGUGGUCUGGUGUAUAAAAUGCCGUGGGCAUAAUUCUCCUUGGUGUAAUAUAACUAUGGCACCCUCCCAGAUACAUACCUCUGGUGUUCCCUUACUCGAUGCAAUAGAGAAACCCUUUGUGCAAUCAGCAUUCUUUGUCCAGUGUUUGAACUUGUGAUUUGUUGUGUUGUGGUGUUAUCCAAAGAUGUUUAUUCCUUCCUUAACCAUAGAGCCACCAGUCUAUAAAAAGAGUGGUUGGUCAACGUCUGAGACAAAAAAAGUUUUAGUUAUUGAAGAAAUCAAGAAGAUGGCUUCUUUACUUAAACAGUGAUGUGUGAAAAGUAUUUGACCAGAACACUACAAGAGCACACACAAGAUACUGUACAUCCUUUAUGGAAGAACAGGAAACUGUCUGUGCAUCUAUAUUACCAGAGCUAAACAUAAAAAAAAACAUUCAAAAGAUCCUGAUUAUACUUCAGUUUGUGGAGUCUGUGGAGUGAGUGUAUACAUUGCUAGUCAGGCAAAGACAUUGAAGUGAAUACUUUUCCUCCCUGUUGUAUUUGGAGUUUCAACCAAUGAGUUAUCUUUGUCUUCAGUAAAUCUUAUACCGAUUCAAACGGUAAGAAGUUUGGACUGUUGUGCAUCUUGUGCGGUAGUAGAUAUCCAAGCAGGCCAGAUGAAAGUGGUCUCUCUAAAAUUGUUGUAUGCCUUUUUUCUUCAAGUGAACGAAUGGUUUGCUGUGUACAAAAAACUUCAUGUCUGUACAUCAGUGGCUUAUAUGUAUGUUUGUUUGUUUUUUAGCUCUUCAACCUUUGUGUAUGUGUGCCUUAAAAAAAGGUCAGGACAUUCAUCUAGCCAUCAAAACAAACAAACAAACAAACAAACAAAACGAAAAAAACUGAACAGUCCCGUAAGAAUUUGUGCCAUUUGGUUUUUAUGUGGUUCCAGCGCCAAUUUAUUUACCAGUGAGUGACGUGGACAGUUAAGUGUUUUGGGGGAAAAAGUGUUUCUUCCUCUUUUUGAAGAUGUAUGUUUCAUCAGAGCUAUUCAAUUAUGAUAUUUUGCUUUGGAAAUCCUAGUUUUGUAUAUCAUCUGUGGUGAAUGAAUUCAGUAAUAAAUAAACUAUAAAAGGCGAA